AUGGGAAACUUUCUUGCCAACAUUUGGCCAAAUCCAAGACGGGUGUCAGCUAGUGCUGUAGACGGACUAGCUUUCAGCAGUGAGAACCGCUUGCUGACGUUUGCUUCUUCAGCAUCGACGUCCCGUGGUGAGCCGAUUCACCAACGAGUAUCAUCAGUAGAUCACCUCGAAAGGCUGACUGAACUUCACAAUUGCAUCAUCAUGGGGAGACUGAAUGACUUCAGACGGUGUCUUGAUGUGGUAGUUACCGGCAGCGUGGAUGAGCUGUUUCCUGCUCGAUUGGUAGCACCUCGACUGGCCAGCCUUGCUCCUAUGACUGGAUUCUGUCGAAGUGAACCUCCCACGAGUCUCUGCCUACUCCAUGAAGCCGCCAGUCGGGGCCGACCCGACAUGUUGGUUCUGCUCCUCCGGGCUGGUGCCUCACCCAACGUCCUAGACUCCAAAGGGGAAUCAGCACUCCACCACGCUGCCAAGAAUCCAGAGUUCUGCCAUGCCUUGCAUUUUCACUGCUGUACCGAUCGCUCCCAGCUGUUGAGACGAUGGGCAUGCGGCAGCCAUCACUGUGUUGAGAUACUGUGCUCAGCACCAGGUGCUGAUUUGAACAUCCGCAGUCAGGUCGACAUGGGUACCCCUCUGCAUAGAGCUUGCGAAGCAGGUCGAGAGGCGAUCGUAGAGGUGCUGCUAUCCCACGGAGCCAAUCCGAAUGUCCUGAACAGGUACGGAGAAACCCCCGCAGCCAUGGCACUAAUCUCCGGGCACGAAGUGGUUUUCCGUCGGUUCCUUGAUAUGGGCGUUCUGCAAGGGAGGAUCGACGCUAUCCCGUUCAUCUUGCACACUGCAGUCAAUGCAUAUGUGGAGUUCCCUGAUUUAGAGAAGUUCAACAAUAUCAUUGGGAUCCUCCAGUACGACGGGGACUUGAACGAGCAAGAUCACCUUGGCAACACCGCACUCCAUUACGCUGUUGCCGGCCGCAUGGUCGACUUCCAACUGGUAUCGACUCUUCUUACCAAAGGCUCUAACCCUGACUUAGUGAACAAGAUGGGUAGGAGUGCUCUGAUAGAGUUUCUCUUCUCACACCAGACGCACAUCAACAACGCUAACAUCCGGUCCGUGGUUCUCCUUGCCUCUUACAUGACAACCACGCCGUCCAUUCCUCCAGGGCAGGUGUUUGCCGUCAGCAACAACCCACUCUCCCUGUCGACUCGAUUGUACGAUGAGAUCACCGAAAUCGUCCGUCACGUCUCCCGAACUGUGCCGUCUCUUGGCCACCUCUGCCGGCAGACACUGAGGCGCAGCAUUGGACCUCAUCAUCUCGGGGACCCAUCUGUUAUGGACGCCCUACCCCUGCCUGUAUCUCUAAGGGAAAGCAUAUCAAACCGAGUAGACCCAGAAAGUUUUUGCGGUUACUUACUGGAUUUUCUUCUUGAGAGGGAGUUUUCCAAUGACGAACCCAUGAUGGCCACAGUAUAG